CAGCAGCAGCAGCAGCACAGUUCUGGGAGGAGGAGAAACCAGCGACCAGCAGCAGCAACAGGCGACGACUGUAAGCACGUUGAGGUGAAGAUGAGCGACGCAGUUCAGGCCAAAGUGGAACUUUUUGUCAAGGCGGGGAGCGAUGGUCAAAGCAUCGGAAACUGUCCUUUCUCCCAGCGUCUCUUCAUGGUGCUGUGGCUGAAAGGAGUCACGUUUGACGUCACGACCGUGGAUAUGAAGAGGAAGCCGGACAUCUUGAAGGACCUGGCUCCUGGUGCUCAGCCUCCCUUCCUUUUGUACGGCAGCGAGGUGAAAACUGACACCAACAAGAUCGAGGAGUUCCUGGAGGAAAGACUGUGCCCUCCCAAAUAUCCACGUCUGGCUGCUCGUAACCCAGAGUCCAACACAGCAGGCAUGGACGUCUUCUCCAAAUUCUCCGCCUACAUCAAGAACUCAAACCCGCAGGCAAACGAGAAUUUAGAGAAAGGCCUGCUGAAGGCUUUGAAGAAGCUGGACGACUACCUCGGCUCCCCACUUCCUGACGAGAUUGACGAGAAUAGUGCUGAUGAGGUCACUGUCUCUUCCCGCCCCUUCCUGGACGGCCAACAGCUCACUCUGGCUGACUGCAACCUGCUGCCAAAGCUCCACAUCGUGAAGGUGGUGUGUUUGAAAUACCGACAAUUCAACAUCCCCGAGUAUCUAACCAACCUCUGGAGGUACCUGAACGCAGCGUACGCGCGGGAGGAGUUCGCCUCCACCUGCCCCGGUGACCAGGAGAUCCACAUCGCUUACUCCUGCGUGGCCAAAGCUCUCAAGUAGGAGGACAGCAGGAUGCACGACUCGCACAUGCACCAGCAGAACAACAUUAAAAAAAAAGCCCCAAAACAAACAACACAUGCACACAUCAAUGAUUCAGUCUGAAAGCAAUAUGAUCGAUCUGUUUAUCUGUCUCUAUAAUGUACUCGAAAACUGCAGGAAUGUUGAUAUUUUUAAUUUUUUUAUCUGCCUGCACUAUGUUUUGUUUAAAUGAGGAAUUAAAAACAUAUGAGCAGAUACAAAUACACACAGAAGCUGACAGCCUCUAUGGAAAGUUUCCACAUUCAUGAUUUCAUGAUAUGCAAAUAGCUAUAUUUUAGUUUUUUUAGACUACAAGAAAAAACAAAUUAGCUUUCUAAUUAACCCUCUUAGGACCAUUAUGAUAAUGAUGAUUUAUUUUGAUUUUAUGGCUCUAGAAUUGUCAGAAAAUGUUCAACGAGUGAGGUGAAUCUUGUCUGUGAUUGGACGGUCGUUCCGCAGAAGUCCUGAGGUUCUACCGUAAUGACAAGUAUAUGGGCACAAAGCUCUAUUUCUCUGCUUACUCAUAUCCAUCCAUCCAUUUUCUACCGCUUUAUCCUCCACAUGAGGGUCACGGGGGAUGCUGCGCCAAUCUCAGCUGACAUAGGGCGAAAGGCGGGGUCACACCCUGGACAGAUCGCCAGUCCGUGUUUGAAUUUUCUAUUCUAGGAGUUACGGUAAUGAGAAAUACGCAUGCCAAAUCCAGUCGGAAACAGAAGGGUUAAAAUGUCAAAUUACGCCAAGAGAAUAUUGUAUUAGACAAUUAUAUAUACAAUCAUUUUUACAUGAGAGUACGCUCAUGUGAUUGACUGGAGCCUGGUUGCAGUUCUGUGAACUUUCGAUUGCAAAACGUCAACUAUUGUGAAUCUGGUGCAGAUACUCGUGAGUGAUGUUAUUCUGCCAUCAUAAAUGUCAACCGUCAACAAUGAGGAAGCAAUUGAAGAAAAAACUAAUUGGCAGGAAUGAAAAAGGGAAAAAUAAAUGAUGAUAAUACAGUGAUUAAAAAAAAAUAAGGGGAUGAACCAAUGAAGUAAACGAUGUGUAAAGUACUGUAAAUAGAGGGAAAGUGAGUUCAGUUGCUGAGCUUGUUCAUGUCGAUCACGUUGCUUUCAGAAAUAAACACACACACACACACACUCUAAACUACAGCCUUGCUUUUAUUCACCAUCACUGUAAAAACAGAAAUCAAACUGCCUAUGAAAUCAAACUAUUCACCAGUACCUCACACAAGCUGAUUCAGCUAAAAAUAUCAGCACCACCUCAGCUGCCAAAGUGUCUUUCCGUAAUCACACAAGCUUCAUAUUGAGAUUACUUCAAAUUUGAGGGAACGAGGCCUUGUACAGUGUUUUUUUUAAAUUAAAGCCAACUGUCGUUAGAGAGUCGCAGCUUUUUAUUCUUCGUAGUGCACGUCAGUGAGGAAGGCGGAGCAGUUAGGGCUGAAAACAGUUACAGAGACAGGAAAUGGUUUGAAUAGACUCGGGCUUCCUCUUUCUCUGCUCCCUCAGCAGGCCGAAAGGAUUAUUCCAGAUUACCAAGCCUGUUUGUGAUCCGCUCUAAGAGCUUUUCGCCUUCACUUUAUUUUGCUCUGUCUGUCAUUGAUGAAGGAUCUUCUUUUCUUUUUUUUUCAGUAUCCCAUAAAUGAAGGUGACCAGGUCAUGUUAGCGUGUUACACAGGUGUUAUAAGUGUGACAGUGCAUGCACUUCCUCCUCCUGUAGCAGCAGCAGCGGCUGCAGCUCGAGGCUUGAGGCCUAUUUAUCACGUGUUUUAUCAUGAGGGGCAAAAAAAAAGCAAACAUUAGGUCGUUUAAUGUAAACAACUUCAGUGUUUACAAUGAAAAAGCUUCAUUUUCAUGAAUGUUUUGCCUCAAAAUGUGUUAAAAAAAGUGUUGUUUUCUGUUGAACAUCCCAAUUAUUUGGUAAAUGAUGACAUUUUAUCACAAUAAUAAUCAAUAUCAUCGUAUCUGAAACUACACCAAUGGUUCCCAAAGACCAGGAGAUUUGUUUAGUUUGAAUUAAUUCACAAAACCUCUCUUGGAAAUGAUUUGUUCACAAUUCAAAAUGACAGAUAUGGCUGUAAAUGAGUAUAUGAUACAUGUACCAGUAUACAUUUUUAAAAUGAUGGAUACAUAUUAGUGAUAUUAUGAAAAACAGCCUCCUCUCCACUUGUCCCUGACAUUCACAUUUGUAGUUUUCAUUCGACAGUCUCAGUUACAUUUUGCCUUUUCAUCUAGCGCCAUCAUGAGGUGGUUUUGGAUCGCUGCUAAACCAGUCACAUUUCUCUCAGUAUUCAUUUUAUGGGAUUUGUUGACAAUAAAAAAAAAAGAAUAUAGUAAUAGUAAUAUCAUUAAAUGUUAACUAUAAGUUGGAUAAUAACACUGUAGCAGCUUGUGUUCAUUGAAAACUGUGCAUAUUCACAUUUAUAGAAGCUGUUCACACGUCAGACUGACUUUUAAACCGUAGAUAUCAGUGUUAGAACCUCUGUAUGUGUUGGAACUAUGUGAAUAUCAUAUGAAAAAUGAAACCUAAGUGCAAUUAUCAACAAAUGGAAAAGACAAUCUUUGCUUCCACAGACUGUGAUUAUGUGUAUUAGACACAGUUGGUUCUUCUUCCCCCAAACGUUAAAUCACACGAGAGAACGUUCAACAUAUAUGACGUAUUUUACAUGACUGGAGUUUUUUAAUUUUUACUGUAGGACUUGACAUGAUGUCAGGGACCAUUGUUACAUCCAUUUAUUUCUUUUUUUAAUGACUAUUUUCUAUCUUCAUGUAUGGAACCAGUUUUUCUUUCCACUUUCAUUUCAUGCCGCUCUGCAUUUCCCUCCUGAUAUUUUUGAAGUUUGUGUUAUUUAGUUGUCUUCCAAGCAGUUUUUCAUCUCGCCUAAAGCAGUUGCACUUGAAUGUCACACGCGGCGUGAGACAUGAAACCGACCAACAGUGGAAACAAUCCAACUAAUAGCACAACAUUAAUGUAUUUUAUACUGAAAAGCUCUUAAAGAGACACGUUUGUUAUUGUCCCAAUAAAAAUCAUCUGUUGAUAACAAA